AUGCCGGAACAAGUCUCCCAUCUUCUUGCUUUCCAUGCAAUAACCGGCUGCGAUUCGACGUCUGAGUUGGCGUCUAUCACGAAAGUUGAAGCGUGGAAGGCUUUUUCUGGGACAAACUGCGAGCUUCUGGGACGCCUCGGACAGUCGCCACUUGAGGAGGACGUCCUUAGCAAUGUCGAGAAAUUUGUCGUCAAACUGUAUAAGGUUGAUUCCAGCAUCACAUGCUCAAACAAUGCCCGAAGUUAUUUAUUUGGAGCUGUAAGAAAGCCAGAAUUUCUCCCACCGACAACUGAUGCACUUCGUCUCCAUAUUAAGAGAUGCAACUACCAGGUGUGUGUUUGGGAGAAUGCGCAUAUCCCCAAACCGUCACUACCUAGGCUGCAGGACUGUGGCUGGAUUGUGCAGAGAGAACAAGUUGUUCCUCGUUCAAUAACACUGGAUCCCAUUCCUAAGACGUGCCCAGAAAUAGUUGUCUGCUCGGUUGUCUGUCAUUGCAAAGGACAUUGUAAUACAAAAAAUUGCAGUUGUAGAAAAGCCAAUGUCUCUUGCAUCAAACUGUGCACUCCCUGUAAACGUUCUUGCCUGAACUCUGGAGACACACAAUAA